GGUUUGUAGAGUUAAGAAAUUAGUUCAUAAGUAUAAACUAGGUUAAGAUUGUAAUUAGUAUGUAAGUAUUGGUGACGCAGCACACGCAUCAUACGGUCACCCGUAAUGUGCGUACAGUCAGUUGAAUAAAUGCCACGAACAAGUACACAACAGAUUGGCGACGAGGAUAAAGUCAAAGAGUACAAAAGUCAAAUGGCGAAACAAGUGAUCGGAACAGUGCAGCCGUAUGUGUUUGGAGAGGAAAUAGAAAAUUACCUGGAAAGAGUGGAUCUUUUUCUGGAAGUGAACGACGUUGAAGACGACAAGAAAACGGGGUUCUUACUAACGAUUGGUGGCGCCGAAUUGUUCGAUGUGGCAAGGAAAGUGUGCUCGCCAAAAAACCCUAAGGAGAUAAAGUACGAUGUGCUUACAAAAACAUUAACAUCGCACCUAAAGCGCAGCACAAAUGAAGUGGCGGAACGUUACAAAUUCCGCUUGGUGUUUCAAAAGGAGCUAUCGAUAAACGAAUACAUUAUCGAAUUGAAGGCGGCCGCACAGUUGUGCAAUUUUGAGUCAUUCCUUGAAAAGGCGCUACGUGACCAACUAGUAGCCGGGGUCACCGACCAGGAGCUGAGAAAGAGACUUCUCUCAAAAAGCAUGCUCACAUACGAAAGUGCGUGCAAUGUGGCAUUGUCCUGGGAAGCAGCAAAGCGACAGAAUGAUGAGAUGAACCCAAAUGAAGCACAAAAAGAGAUAGCAACAGUGCGAACCAAGGCGACCAGCACACCAGCUAGAUCAGCGUCGGAAGAGCAGGACGAAUGUAGGCAAGCGGAAAUGGCGGCGUUACGACGUACAAAAUGGAAUAAUUAUUCGCCUGCCGCACGUGGUGAGCGAAAUCGAGUAAGCAGAAGUACAAGAAGUGUAUUGUGUUAUCGGUGCGGUAGACACCAUGAUUCAAAUCAGUGUCCAGUUAAAGCGUGGAAUUGUUAUGCGUGUGGUAAAACGGGACACGUCGCAUCGUGCUGCAGGAGCAAUCGAAAAGGCAUGAGAGCCUUCGAGGAGGAACAAGAGGAAGAAGGCGUAGAACAUAUGGAGAUGUACGACUAGAAUUUGAGAUUGAUUGUGGGGCCUGUACCAGUGUGAUACCAGAAGAAAUUUUUCGUAAAAAAUUUCACAAGCACGUUUUAGAAGAAACGUACGUUACGUAUGUAUCUGCGACCGGACAAAUAAUACGACCACUAGGAAAGUUUAAUGUAAAAGUACGAACUAAAGACGGGAAAAUAGGCGUAUUGCAAAUUACAGUAAUUCCGGCACAAAGAAAAGUAAAUUGUUUGUUAGGAAGAGACGCCUUGGAUUGGAUGUUUCCCACCUGGCGAAGAGUAUUUCAAAUCAAUGCGCUAGAAUCAAAUCAAGAGUACGAUAUACUAAACGAAAUAAGAAAACAAUUCCCGAAUACUGUGAAUAAUAGUGAAAAUAGUAUGAUAACCGGUUUUGUAGCCAAUUUGAUUCUUAAACCAGAUGCAACACCAAUUUUCCAUAAGGCUUACACCGUACCGUAUUCCUUAAUCGAUGAAGUUGAAAAUGAUUUAAAUCAGUUAGUUAAAGACGGAAUAUUAGUUCCUACCGAAACGUCACAAUGGGCAAGUCCAGCUGUUAUAGUUAAAAAGAAAAAUGGUAAAGUUCGAGUUUGCCUCGAUGGCAAGGUUACCGUGAACAGAAUGUUAUCCACAACACACUACCCUUUACCACAUGUAGAUGACAUACUAUCCAAAAUUUCCAAGUGGAAAUAUUUUUGCAAAUUAGAUUUGACUGCCGCGUAUUUGCAAGUACCAUUAUCAAAAGCCUCACAAGAAAUAUGUACAAUCAAUACCCACAAGGGAUUAUAUCGUUAUACACGCAUGCCAUGUGGCAUCAGUUCGGCACCAGCUAUUUUUCAAGGAAUAAUAGAUCAAAUUCUGUUGGGGUCACCAGGAAUGGCCUACAUAGACGACAUACUAGUAGGAGGAGCGACGACAAAAGAAUGUAAACGCAAUCUUUUUCUGGUGCUAGAUAGGCUAAACAAGCACAGAGUAAAGUUGAAUUUAGAAAAAUCGGAAUUUUUUAAAUCUAGUAUUGAUUACCUCGGAUACAAUAUCUCGGCAAGCGGCAUAAAACCAAAUCUAGAUAAGGUUAAGGCGAUAGCGGAAGUGGCAAGCCCAAGAAACGUAAAUGAACUACAAGCAUUUUUGGGAUUAUUAAAUUUCUACCGUAGAUUCCUACCCAACUUGUCAGCUCAACUUUAUCCGUUACAUGCGUUACUAAAAAAGAAUACAAAAUUUAAUUGGGAUAAUAAAUGUGAGGAAGUUUUUCAAGAAACAAAACAAAUGUUAAUAAAUCAUAAAGUCUUAGAACCUUAUGACCCCAGUAAACCAAUAGUGUUAGCUGUGGACGCUAGUCCAUAUGGAGUGGGAGCGGUGUUGUCUCACGUCAUAAACAAAAUAGAAAAGCCUAUCGCAUUUGCCUCAGCUACACUUACCGAAGCGCAAAAAAAUUAUGCUCACGUACAUAAGGAAGCGUUAGCCGUAAUGUUCGGGGUAAACAAAUUUCAUAAAUAUAUAUUUGGGUUCAAGUUUAAGUUAGUAACCGAUAAUAGCGGAGUUAAAGAAAUUUUCAACCCAACCAGAGGAACUUCUUCGAUCGCAAUGGCUCGUUUACAAAGAUGGGCCUUGACCCUUUCAAAUUACGAUUAUGUUAUUGAACAAAGACCAGGUACAAUGAUGAGCAACGCAGAUGCUAUGUCAAGGCUUCCGUUAGUGGAAGCACCAAGUGUUGAAAAUAUUCAGUUAGGAAUAAAGGCGGUUCAAGAAAGUGGGCUAUUAAAUGAUGUUCGAAUACGUUACAAUCAGCAGGAAGACCCUUUGAUUAAAAAAUUAUAUGAAAGAGUAAAAGGCGGCUGGACGCAUGAACCGG